CGGAAGUGACGGCAGAAGGGUGGGUGGAGACACAAGAUGGCGGCGGUGGUGCUGGCGGCGACACAACUGCUGCGGGGCUCGCGCUCGUGGGGCCGCGCGCCGCUGAGGUUUGGAGCCCCCGCGUACAGACAGUUUAGCAGUGGUGGAGCCUAUCCCAGCAUCCCCCUCUCCUGUCCCUUACCUGGAGUACCCAAGCCCGUUUUUGCUACAGUUGAUGGACAGGAGAAGUUUGAAACCAAAGUUACCACACUGGAAAAUGGGCUUCGCGUGGCGUCCCAAAAUAAGUUCGGACAGUUCUGUACAGUAGGAAUUCUUAUUAAUUCAGGAUCAAGGUAUGAAGCGAAAUAUCUUAGUGGAAUUGCUCACUUUUUGGAAAAGUUGGCAUUUUCGUCCACCAGUCAAUUUGGUAGCAAAGAUGAAAUCCUGCUUACCUUGGAAAAGCACGGGGGUAUUUGCGACUGCCAGACGUCAAGAGACACUACCAUGUAUGCUGUGUCUGCUGAUUCUAAGGGCCUAGACACGGUGGUUGGCUUGCUGGCUGACGUGGUCCUGCACCCUAAGCUAACAGAUGAAGAAAUUGAGAUGGCACGAAUGGCUAUCCAGUUUGAGCUGGAGGACCUCAAUAUGCGGCCUGACCCGGAACCGCUUCUCACAGAAAUGAUUCAUGAGGCUGCUUACAGGGGGAACACAGUUGGUCUCCACCGUUUCUGCCCCACGGAAAACAUAGUGAAGAUUGACCGAGAGAUGCUUCAUUCCUACCUGCGAAACUACUACACCCCUGAGCGCAUGGUGCUGGCGGGGGUGGGGGUCGAGCACGACGCCCUGGUAGAAUGCGCCAGAAAGCACCUGGUGGGCAUCCGGUCAGCCUGGGGCAGCCAGACGGCAGUGGAUGUGGAUCGGUCCGUAGCACAGUACACCGGAGGGGUCAUCAAGCUGGAAAGAGACAUGUCCAAUGUCAGCCCGGGCCCUGCCCCGUUCCCCGAGCUCACACACAUCAUGAUCGGGCUGGAGAGCUGCUCCUUCCUGGAGGGAGACUUCAUCCCCUUCGCCGUGCUGAACAUGAUGAUGGGCGGCGGCGGCUCGUUCUCGGCCGGAGGGCCCGGCAAGGGCAUGUUCACCAGGCUGUACCUCAACGUGCUCAACAGGCACCACUGGAUGUACAACGCGACCGCCUACCACCAUAGCUACGAGGACACAGGCCUCCUGUGUAUCCACGCCAGCGCCGACCCCAGGCAGGUCCGGGAAAUGGUGGAGAUCAUCACAAAGGAGUUCCUUUCCAUGGCUGGGACCGUGGACGUGGUGGAGCUGGAGCGAGCCAAGACACAGCUGAUGUCCAUGCUGAUGAUGAACCUGGAGUCCAGGCCUGUCAUCUUCGAGGACGUAGGACGGCAGGUGCUGGCGACCCGCUCCCGAAAGCUGCCCCAUGAGCUGUGCGCGCUCAUCCGCGACGUGAAGCCGGCAGACGUCAGGAGGGUCUCUUCUAAGAUGCUGCGUGGGAAACCCGCGGUGGCUGCACUGGGCGACCUGGCCGACCUGCCGUCGUACGAGGACAUCCAGGCGGCGCUCUCCAGCAGGGAUGGCCGCCUGCCCAGGACCUACCGGCUCUUCCGAUAGAGGGACAAGAGCUGCAGAGCAUUUUUGGAGGUGAAUUCAGUGCACAAACUCAAACGGAGCAAACUUCGGGACGCUUCUCCUCAACUUGAACAAUGCAUUUCGUGUCGCUGGAGUGUGCUCAGCCCCUCCUUCAGAGUUGAGCACACCAGUCGUAGAAUAAAUGCCCGCCUUCACCCAGCUGAGCCAAGGUAGCCAGGGCAGCGUCCUACCUCUCGCGAGUCCAGUGGUCAGGGUGGGUAAGCGCCAAACUAUCAUCACCGAGGCCGCUGGGCCCGUCAGAGCCCUGCCUGGCUUCCUGACAGGCCUGUGCCACCCACACCGAUCCGCCACCUCCUGUGAUGGUCACUAAGGACCGUGACGGUGCCAGGGCAAGGCCAAGGCCCAUGGUCUGCUGACACCGCAGAGGAAGUGGCGGCUCCCACCCAGGACGGUGCUGUCAAGGGCAGCUUCCCUGACACCAGGUGCGGAAGUGGCCGGAGACCUUUGUCCUUGCGCCUUCAGUUUGACCCCACGUUGCGAAGCCUCUUCCCCUUAAUUGCAGGAUGCAUUCUGGUUUCAGAGGUGUCGGGACACGUGGGGUGCAAGGGGGUUCCUGGAAUUGGUGGUCGGUGGCCACAUUUUCGAAGAUGGGGAACACUCAGGAGCUGUAGGUCCCACGGGCCUGUGGGUGUUCCACAAGCGAAAGGUCAAGUGACCUUGGUCAAACAGGAUAGAUUUGUGGUUCUCAAACUCAGGCACCCGCAGAACCCCCAGGUUCCGUGUGUGGGGGCCUGGGAACCGCCUGGACGUUGCCAUGGCUGAGGGUCGUGCAGAUUGUUCGAGAAGACUGGUCCCGACGUCAUCUUUUCUGAAACCCUAAGAAGCCCGGUCUCUGCAGUUUGGACGGGAGGGAGGCCUUUUUUAAGGAAGUUGAAUAAAUGUGCACACGUUA